AGUUCGCAUCCCGUCCCUCCGUCUCCGUGAGUGUGUGAGUGUCUGUGUGUGUGUGUGUGUGUGUGUCCCGCUCACAACAUGUUACCUUCAUCCGUCAAAGACGACGAGUACAAACCCGCCAAGUUCAGCCUGCUGCUGCGGCUGUCGGGCUGGUGCAGGUCGAUCCUCGCGGACAAAACGUCCCGGAAUCUGUUCUUCUUCCUCUGCCUCAACCUCUCCUUCGCCUUCGUGGAGCUUUCGUAUGGAAUAUGGAGCAACAGUUUAGGUUUAAUCUCGGACUCCUUCCACAUGUUCUUUGACUGCACGGCUCUACUAGCCGGCCUGGCCGCCUCCGUCAUCUCCAGGUGGAGAUCCAACGACAACUUCUCCUAUGGUUAUGUCAGAGCAGAAGUUCUGGCUGGCUUCGUAAAUGGACUCUUCCUCAUUUUCACAGCCUUCUUCAUCUUCUCUGAAGGAGUUGAGAGGGCCCUGGAGCCUCCUGACGUUCACCACGACCGUCUGCUCCCCGUCUCCAUCGCCGGUCUGCUGGUCAACCUGGUCGGGAUCUUCGUGUUCCAGCACGGAGGCCACGGCCACUCGCACGGGGAGGAAGGUCACAGCCACUCGCUGGUUAACGGCAGCGUGAACCACCAGAACAAACACGGACACGGCCAUGACGGAGGACACGACGAGCUGCGCAGUCCAGGAACCGGAUCCAGUAAACAGAUCCUUCAGGGUGUGCUGCUGCACAUCAUCGCUGACACCCUGGGCAGCGUGGGCGUGAUCAUCUCCGCCCUCCUGAUGCAGAGAUACGACCUGAUGAUCGCGGACCCCAUCUGCUCCAUGCUGAUCGCCCUCCUCAUCGGAGUCAGCGUGGUGCCGUUGCUCAAAGAGUCGAUCGGGAUCCUGAUGCAGCGAACGCCUCCGUCUCUGGACCACGCCCUGCUGGAGUGCUACCAGAGGGUGCAGCAGCUGCAGGGAGUUUACAGCCUGCAGGACCCUCAUUUCUGGACUCUGUGCACGGACGUUUACAUCGGGACCGUCAAGCUGCUGGUGGCGCCCGACGCCGACCGCCGCUGGGUCCUCAGCCAGACCCACAACGUCUUCACACAGGCUGGAGUUCGACAGCUCUACGUUCAGAUCGACACGGCCGCCAUGUAGAAGCUCCUCCUCCUCCUCUGAACAGCUGGGACCAAUCAGGUUCAGUCUGCUGCAAGUCCCCCCCCAGAGUCACUGCAGGACAAUGAGACCAGCGGGGGGGCAGUGGACUGGACACGCCCCCUUUUAGAAAACAGAUUGUCUGUUGACGGGCAGUGACCCCCUCCUGCACUUUGUAGACUAGAGCAAAGCAUUCUGGGUAAGUGCCUUCAUGACCCCCCCCCCCCCCCAGGACCAGACUCUGAUGUCACUGUUUUUUUAUGUGCCAUGUGACCAGCAGGUUUCAGUCUUUUUCAACUGUAAUAAAAUCAGUUUCUCUGGU